AGAAGCGACGGUAAGAAGAAGUUUUGUUUCUUUUUUAAAGAAAAAUGGACGCAGUGGAACAAGCGGCCACUAAAGAAGCCGAGUCUUCCAUUGACCUUCUGGUCAUUGUACUGGAUACAAAUCCUUCUCAGCAAUUUGUGCGACAAAGCCCACAAAAUCUCACACAGGUGUUGGAGUCCAUAAUUGCAUUCGGAAAUGCGCAUCUCAUGCAAAAAGCGCAGAAUCAACUGGCCGUGAUCUCUUGCUCACAUCAUUCUACUGAUUUUCUUUACCCGGUGCCCGGUCGCCAGGUGGAGUUGCGUCAGAUCGAUGGGCAGUAUGAGGCGUUUAGUCUGGUAGAGAAGACGGUCAAACAACAGUUGGGCAACAUACUGAUGAAUGCUCCACGCUUGAGCUCGCCAUGCGAGAGCCUCCUAGCUGGCAGCAUGACAAUGGCUCUCUGUUAUAUAUCACGACUGCAACGUAAUGUUGCCGCCGGCGCUAAGAUGCAUUCUCGCAUUUUGGUCGUCACGGGCAGCAAUGAAUGCGCCUCCCAGUACAUGACGUUUAUGAAUGUCUUCUUCACUGCCCAAAAGCUGGGCAUUGUUGUGGACACCUGCGCGCUCGACAAAACGCUGAGCUUACUGCAGCAGGGCUGCGAUAUAACCAAUGGCCAAUUCCUUAAGGUCACUCAGUUGGAUGGCUUAUUGCAAUACUUGCUGUGGGUCUUCCUGCCUGCCCCACAAAUGCGGCACAAAUUGGUGUUGCCACCGCCGCCCAAGGUUGACUAUCGUGCCUCCUGUUUCUGUCAUCGCGAACUGAUCGACAUUGGAUAUGUGUGCUCGGUGUGCCUGUCGGUAUUUUGCAAAUAUAGCCCCAUUUGUACAACCUGCCACACAAUAUUCAAAACGCCCGGCCCCUUGCCGAUUAAGCCCAAAAAAAAGAAGAAGGUCGAAAAGCAAAUGUAGUUCAUACAUCAUCAUCAUCAUCGUUUUAGGUAUUCCUUACAAUUUUACUAAAAUACAUGGGUCCGAAGUUGGCCGGCAGAAAUGGAA